CCGGCCUGAGCCAUGUUUGCCGAGCCCCUGAUACCAUGUUGAAGGGUUUUUCCGCGCUGUGCUGCUGCCUCGGGCUCCUGCAAGUUUCUUGCGCCUUUUCCGUCAGCAACCGUGCCGAAGUGCAUCCUGAUGUAGGCCUCAGCACACCAGAGAUGAUCGCUCGACGCGGUUAUCCGGUCGAAACACACUUUGUGACCACCGCGGACGGAUAUGUGCUGCAAAUGCACAGAAUUCCUCAGCCAGGAAAGCCUGUGGCCUUCCUGCAGCACGGAUCCUUGUCCAGCUCAGCGGAUUGGAUUCUCAUGGGACCGGAGAGCUCGCUUGCGUACUUCCUGUUCAACAAUGGAUACGAUAUUUGGAUGGGCAACUACAGAGGCAACACCUAUUCGAAAAACCACACUUACCUCUCCACGGAGAGCAGUUCCGAGUUCUGGGAGUUCACCUUCCAUGAAAUGGGAAUCUUUGACUUGCCAGCCAUGAUCGACUAUGUUUUGGAGCAAACCGGUGAGACACAGGUGAACUACGUCGGUCACUCCAUGGGCACGACCGCCUUCUGGGUCAUGGGCUCCGAGAAGCCCGAAUACAACGCCAAAAUCCGCCAGAUGCACGCCCUCGCCCCUGUGGCCUUCAUGGGAAGGGUCAGGUCACCGCUGCUGCUCACCCUCGUUCCCUACGUCUGGAUGUUUGAGUGGUGGAGCAACGUGUUGGGCUCUGGUGAGUACAUGCCCAGCAGCGAGUUCAAUCAGGGUGUUGGCGCUCAGCUCUGCGCCGAUGGGUCCUACAUGCAGGACAUUUGCUCCAUGCAGAUUUUCAUGCUGUGCGGCUUCAAUCCUGAACAGUUCAAUGAAACGGCGCUGCCAGUGAUGAAUAGCCACUCGCCCGCAGGCACAUCGACCAAGACCAUCAUCCACUUUACAAAGCAGGUCAUCUCAUGGGAUUUCGCGCAGUACGAUUACGGCUGGGCCGAGAACAUGCUGGUCUACGGCCAGAUGCUGCCUCCCAACUACCACCUGAACAAGGUGACGGCGCCCGUCUACCUGCACUACGCCGAUAACGACUGGCUGGCGCACCCGCUCGACGUGCAGAGAAUCGCCAACAACCUGGGCAACCUGAAGGCCAUGAUCAAGAUGGCGCCGCCCAUGUUCAACCACAUCGACUUCAUUUGGGGCAUCGACGCCACCACCCUAGUCUACGAGCCAUUGCUCACUCUGCUCGGUCAGGCUGAAAUGUUCCCUUUGACGACGAGGACCUCGCUGGCGGCCCGUCUGAUUGCUCUGGUGCUGCUAUUGGCCAACAGGGUCGGAGGUCUGCAAAUUGUCAAUAGCGCCAAUGAGGAAGUGUUUGCGGACCACUUGACCACGUUUACAAACGCCAAUGAUGAUUACGUCGACAUAGACCCAGCAAUGAUGAUAGCCAGGGCGGGUUACCCUGCUGAAUCUCACAUUGUGCCAACAGAGGACGGCUACCUUUUAACCGUUCACAGAAUACCGCCACAUAAAAAUGGUCCAGGACAUAAACACCCGGUGCUUCUGCAGCAUGGACUCGUCUCCUCCUCCGCUGAUUGGUUAACUCUCGGCCCUGGAAAGGCUUUAGCUUAUGUGCUGGCGGACGAGGGAUACGAUGUUUGGAUGGGAAACAUUCGCGGAAACACAUAUUCAAGAGUGCAUUUUAAUCUCUCAACGUCAGAUCCCAAGUUUUGGGACUUCUCUUUUCAUGAAAUGGGUUAUUACGACGUGCCAGCGAUGACGUCCUUCAUUCUCAAAAAGUCGGGCCAGGCCCAGUUGAGUUACGUGGGCCACUCGAUGGGCACCACCAUGUUCUGGGUUUUCUGUUCGUCGAGACCUGAGCUGCAGCACAGGAUCCGCCAAAUGCACGCGCUCGCCCCUGUCGCCUUCUUGACCCGCAUGAAGAGCCCGCUGAGAACCAUGGCGCCUUUCGAAAGAGAGCUUCAAAUCUCCUUGGCUCUUAUUGGGGAGCAUGAGUUUUUGCGACACGGCGCAAUCACCGGAUACUUGGAGGAGGAAUUUCUCAAGAUCAACCACAUUGGCACCAAAGGAGCAGAGUACCUGUUUUACUUCAUUUGCGGCUACGAUCCUGGUCAAUUCAAUAAGACUUUGCUGCCCUUGAUUCUGGGGCACACGCCGGCCGGUGCGUCAACGCAGACUGUGCUGCACUUCCUGCAGGAGGUCAACUCUGGCAAAUUCAGGCAGUACGACGAAGGGAAUGCGGCCGGCAACAGGCGCAAGUACGGAACGCCCGAGCCACCUGAGUACGACCUGAGCAAGAUCGAGGUGCCCGUCUACAUGCACUUCAGCCUCAACGACUAUCUCGCGGCGAAAGAGGACGUGAUGGAGCUGAUCAGUAAGCUGAGGAACGGAUCCGCCACUGCAAUGCAGAUUCCCUUGAACACAUUCAACCACCUCGAUUUCAUGUGGGGUAAAGACGCCAGGAAGCUGGUCUACGACCCUUUGAUCACUGCCCUGAAGAACGGAUCGCACAAGGUCAAGGACAAGCUGAGCAAGGAAGAAUUGAGCAAUGACCUUGCGUCGCUGUCCGCAAAAAUGUCCGAGGGGAAAAAUUUUCUUGUCACAAGCUACAGAGAACACGCUAAGCCAACAAUUGACCAGCAUGUCAAUCUGUUAAUGCAGCUCAAUGAGCGUCGUGUGAGUGCUGAACUGGCGCAACACUGGGGCCCAAACCUUCUUGGCUUUCUAGAAAAGCUGGAGAAGCGUGUGAAACUAAUGGAGAAGGACUCAGAAGCGAAGAUCGCCGCUUUAGGAGCGGAGGAGCAGGAGUGGUACCGGUUGGCCCUAAGCAAGGCCAAGCUGUACCCUGAUCUACUGGUGACCAAGUCAGCACCUUACCUGAGCAGGAUGCUCUCCACCCUUUCGCAGAAGGUGAAUGAAACUGCUGCUCAGGCCAAACAAGCACCUCCAGCUGCUGUCGAGGGAAAGGACUUAAAGUGAAUUGUUUUGCAGAAUAUAGGCUAAGAGUGUUGAUAGAAAUGGUCAAUUUUUUAUAUUUGGUUAAUAAAUCUGAAGCAACCAUGUUUGCAUUGAAA